UUAUGUUGUAAAAUGACUUUGUAAAUGGUGGUCAGGGGAAAAUGGAAGUCCCUCUUAUUUCGUCACUGGGGUUGGCGAAGAAGAGGAAGCCAGUGUGCCUCAACACCUCGUGGGGGAAGUGUAUUUAUUGGUGAGGUGGGCAAGCCCUAGGCCAACACAAUGAACAGGGCACGUGCAAUGUCACAUCUCUUGUCCCGGGCUUCUCCUGGGAUGCCCCUGACAGCAGCAAGGGCAUGGAUGCUGGGCGCCAUAAGAAAUAAAGCCUCAGCUCCUCCACCGCCAGCCCUUGCUGCAGAGCCUUUCCUCAAUGGGUCGUCAUCUAACUACGUGGAGGAGAUGUACACAGCCUGGCUAGAAGAUCCAAAGAGUGUCCACCAGUCAUGGGACACAUUUUUCCGAAAUGCUUCUGCUGGUGCCCGGCCUGGGGAGGCCUACACUGCCCCCCCCUCAUUGGCUGAGCCCCUGCCCCACCAUGUGCCACUGUCCUCCCUUGCCCCAGCCCUCACCUCCUCCCACAUGGUCUCCGAGACUCCUAUCUCCGACAAAAUUAUUGACGACCAUCUGGCAGUUCAGGGUAUCAUCAGAGCCUAUCAGGCUCGCGGACACUUGGUCGCAGCACUGGAUCCUCUGGGUAUUGACCGUGAGGCACUGUCAGAGCGACACCCGACUACCCUGCCCAGCAAAACUGUAGUGCGGAACUAUUUUGAUUACAUUGAGGAGUCAGACAUGGAGCGCUCCUUCAAGCUGCCCCUGUCCACCUUUGUAGGAGGCAAUGAAAAAACACUGGCCCUGAAGGAGAUCAUCAAAAGAUUGGAGGAUGCCUAUUGCCGCUCCAUUGGUGUUGAGUUCAUGUUCAUCAACUCCCUGGAACAGUGCAACUGGAUCCGACAAAAGUUUGAGACUCCCGGCAUCAUGCACAUGAAUGCCCAGGACAAGCGUCUGCUGCUGGCGCGUCUCACCAGGUCUCAUGGGUUUGAGAAUUUCCUGGCUCGCAAGUUUUCGUCUGAGAAACGUUUUGGCCUUGAAGGCUGUGAAAUCCUCAUCCCUGCCAUGAAACAGGUGAUCGACCGCUCGACCUCACUGGGUGUAGAAAGCUUUGUGAUGGGGAUGCCUCACCGCGGCCGCCUCAAUGUUCUCUCCAAUGUGUGCCGCAAGCCCCUCGAGCACAUCUUCUCCCAGUUUGCUGGCCUAGACACAGGAGAUGAGGGCUCUGGAGAUGUGAAGUAUCAUCUUGGAACCUAUGUUGAGAGGCUUAACCGAGUGACCAACAAGAACAUCCGCCUGGCUAUUGUUGCCAACCCGUCACACUUGGAGGCAGUGAACCCGGUGGUGCAGGGCAAGACCAGGGCAGAGCAGUUCUACCAUGGUGACUCUGAAGGCAAUAAGGUGCUCUCAGUACUGCUCCACGGAGAUGCCGCAUUCUCAGGGCAGGGCAUCGUCUUCGAGACCUUCCACUUGUCUGAGCUGCCUCAGUACACCACUCAUGGCACCAUCCACAUUGUUGUCAACAACCAGAUUGGCUUCACCACUGACCCCCGCAUGUCUCGAUCUUCCCCAUACUGCACUGAUGUUGCUCGAGUGGUUAACGCUCCCAUCUUCCAUGUCAAUGCUGAUGAUCCCGAAGCUGUGAUGCAUGUGUGUAAUGUUGCUGCUGACUGGAGACACACUUUCCACAAGGACGUUGUCAUUGAUUUGGUUUGUUAUCGUCGCAAUGGCCACAACGAAAUUGACGAGCCGAUGUUCACUCAACCCCUCAUGUACAACCGCAUCAGGAAGCUGAAGCCAGUCAUUGACCUGUACGCUGAUAAGCUGAUCAAUGAAGAAGUUGUGACACCGGAAGAGGCCAAGGAAGUAAGAGACAAAUAUGAAAAGAUCCUGGAGGAAGCCUUUGCUGCUGCCAAGAUGGAGACACGAGUAUUCAACAAGCACUGGAUUGACUCCCCCUGGUCUGGCUUCUUUGAGGGCAAGGAUCCCCUGCGUGCCUCCCCCACAGGCAUUCAUGAAGACACCCUCAACCACAUCUGCCGCAGGUUUGCCAGUGCCCCGCCCAAUGCCAGUGACUUUGUCAUCCACAGAGGUCUUCAGCGUAUCCUUAACACCCGAUUGGAAAUGACAAAGGAUCGCACCAUUGACUGGGCCAUGGGGGAAGCUGUUGCCUUUGGGUCUUUGUUGAAGGAGGGGAUCCAUGUGCGCCUCUCAGGCCAGGACGUGGAGCGUGGGACCUUCUCCCACCGGCAUCACAUCCUCCAUCACCAAAAAGUGACAAAUGACUCCCCAGUGGACAAGUCCCAGUACAAUGCUCUGGCCAACCUGUACCCAGACCAGGCUCCCUACACAGUCUGCAACUCCUCUCUCUCUGAGUAUGCAGUACUGGGCUUUGAGCUGGGCUUCUCCAUGACCAACCCCAAUGCCCUGGUUAUCUGGGAGGCUCAAUUUGGUGACUUCAACAACACGGCCCAGUGCAUCAUCGACCAGUUCAUCGCAUCUGGGCAGUCCAAGUGGAUUCGACAAACUGGCUUGGUGAUGCUCCUCCCUCAUGGCAUGGAGGGCAUGGGACCCGAGCACUCCAGUGCCCGUCUGGAGCGCUUCCUGCAGAUGACCUCAGAUGAUCCAGAUGUCCUGCCAGCAUUCUCAUCCGAUUUUGCAAUCCGCCAGCUGUCUGACAUCAAUUGGAUUGUCGCCAACUGCUCCACCCCUGCCAACCUGUUCCACAUCUUGCGCCGCCAAAUUGUCCUGCCCUUCCGCAAGCCCCUGAUUCUCAUGACCCCCAAGUCUCUGCUGAGGCACCCUGAAGCCAAGUCCUCCUUUGAUGAUCUGGUUGAGGGCACUGAAUUCCGACGAGUGAUCCCUGAUGAGGGGCCAGCAGCCAAGAAUCCAUCUGGGGUGAAGAAGCUCAUCUUCUGCUCUGGCAAGGUGUACUAUGACCUGACAGCAGCCCGGAAGGAGGCAGGAUUGGAGGAUACGAUAGCUAUUGGCAGGGUUGAGCAGAUUGCACCUUUCCCUUAUGACCUCAUCAAGCAGGAGUGUGACAAGUAUCCUGAUGCUGAGCUGGUGUGGUCUCAGGAGGAACACAAGAACAUGGGCUCCUGGUCCUACAUUCAGCCCAGGAUAGCCACUUGUCUCAACUGUGAGCGACACAUAACACAAAGUCCCUCAGAGAGCCAGGAGUCUCAGUCUUGGUACGAAUAUUGGUUCCCUUGGCUCUUCCCAACUUCGAGCCCUUCUGAGGUGAUGCCCUCUGAGGUGCCUGUCACAACUCAGAGUGACACUCCCUCUGUUACCAGAGAAGUGAGAUAUUGCGGGCGGCCAGUGUCAGCCUCCCCAGCCACUGGUAACAAGAAGACGCACCAGCGGGAAUUGAAGAACCUUUUGGAGGAUUCCUUGACUGUGUCCCAGUAGGAUCCUCCACCACAGGCAGAAUGAGGAUCACUCUUGUGGAAGAGAAUUCACAACAGGUACACAACUAUCUUGAGGUCUUGGAGUAAAUCCUGAAUUUAAAUCGAUGAUGACAUUUUGUCAAGCCCACACACAGCCAUAACAUGUGCCCCUAACUUUACUUUUAUCUAUUACUUUGUCUUUUUUGAUAUUCAAAAUAUUUGCAUUAUGUCCUUUUAAUGAAAAUUCUUUAGUCAGUUUUAGAAGUGUGGGAAAUGUGUUUUGAAACUCGAAAAUCAUUCAGCAUUAUAAUUUGAAAAUAUGUAUCCUGAGUUUGAAGCAGCAACCUAUUCUGAUUUAUGAGAUGAGUAUGAUAUGGGUAGCAGUCUAUUUAGUGCCAUCAUAACCAGCAUAAACCAAUGGUCAUAGAUGGUAGUUUUAAGUUGACAUGUAUUGUACUUUAGUUGACUCUACAUUGUACUCCUGUAUUAUCUAAGUCACUGUCUUCACCAACCUGUUGUUAUUCUUGUAGCAAAGUAUAUAUAUAUAUAUAGCACUACUUACAAAGGAGAGGCCUCUGUUAAGUGGUGUACAGUGUGUACAGAAUAGGAGUAGGGUGGUGUCAGGGUGCCCAUGCCGGUGUUCGUGGCAGUGACGUCUUUUUUCUCACAAAGAAGAUGAAUUCAGGCCAAUUUGUGGCUUUUAGGAAAACCACAGGCUACAGAUCGCUAUGCUCACCUCUGCCACUCAGUUUCACGGCGAUAUCCCUGACAUGGUCAGAUGACGUUAGUGAUGGAGCGCACGCCUGGACACGUGUAUAUAUUGUAUUUAUUAUAAGUUUAGGAACUGUAAAUUGAAGGUGAUGUUCUUUUUAAGGAUAAAAUAAGUGCUAAAUAUUGUUGUUGCUGAAUGCAGAUUGACAUUUCAUUGGUGAGAUCUUUGAUUCUCAGUGAAGAGUUCGGAGUCUUCAUGCAUUUUGUUUCAAUAAUAACCACAUUGGAUAUUUGAACUGAAUUCCUGAUGGAUUACUUUAUGCUGUUCCUAUAUUCUACACAUCAGCUCACUUCACACAAAAAAAGAUUAUUAAAUUAUUGUAAUUUUAUGAGAAGCAAUUUUUGUUUUAGCUGGCAUUGAAAGGGUACAAAUUGCAGAAAAACCUUCUCAGACAGCAUAUUAACCCAGACUGCAUGGAACACCAAGUGUUCAGUGUUUGAUUGCCAGUAACUCACCUUUACCUUGCAAAAUAAUGAUAAAACUAAGUUUCAAUCCUAAUGCGUUUUGCUCAGUGAAAGAUAUCAUGAACCUUUUUUAAUAUAUGUAAGACAGGCUUUGAUAAUAGAAGGUAGUUUGUUUGAACAAUAUUUAUGACUGGAAUGGACAGCUUGAGAAGAAAUAUAUUUUUGACUACAUAUUCACCCAACUGGACGGACCUUUCAGCUUUUUUCUCACACUUCACCUCCACUGAUGCUCUUCUCAACUCUACCUCAUUCUUGCUAUGCAGAGAAUGUGAAGAUUUGCUCCAGUCUUGGCAUGACCAUCAUAAUAUUAUGUAUCUCCAGAUAGUCUUAAUUAUUGUUUUCAUCUUCUAUUUUGCAAAUGCUGUCUUUAGUUUUGUUCCAGCUUGAUAGAUGGAUAACCUAAAAAGGGAAUCAUCAUAAAGUUGUUAUUCACUGUGUGAGGGUUGAAAUGAAACCUUUUCCUCUCCUUUGUUUAAGCCUCUCCUUUCCACUCAUUCCUCCUUAUCCUUUCCGGUUGUUGAAUUCCUUCAUAUAAUUUAAUCUUUCAUUGUCAUCCUCCCUCUUUCUUAUGUCAUGCUGUUACACCACUCAACGGUGACUCAAUUGACUACCUAAUAUUGACUUUUAUCAAUAUGUGUGUAGCCUGCAGCAAGACUACAUUAUGCAUUAUCAUUAUCAUUGCUACUGUAGCCAUAGCUUAAUGAUCUAGGGUAGCCUUAGUAGGAAUAUUAGUUAUUAUUUCUUCUCUGAUCAAAUCAAGCAUGCUCUUCUUUACGUUGAUACUGUGUAGUAAAAAGUAGAGGAAAGUCUAAAGAAUCUACCAGAUUAUUAAUCAUCAAAGACUGAAUUUGAGGCUUUGCUUGCAAGGUUUCCUAGGGUAAUAGAAAGCAGGAAGCCUUCAGGUCACCAGCUGCUCAUCCUUAUGCAACCAAUGUUCAUGGUGACUGAAUUCGCACAGAGUAUUGAGGGGAAAGAGUUUUCAAGUAACACUUCAUAAUGCUGCAAGUAAGGCAAUAAAGGGUUUGUCAUUUCAUCUGGUUACUAAAAGGAAGUUUUAAAUUUAUGUCAAAUGGAUAACUAUAGGCACAAGCAGUAAAGGAAUGGCCAGAAUCAUACACUUAAGAUUUCUAGAUCAUUGAAGUGUGAAAGUAUUAGGGCGUGCGAACUAAUGGUGAAGUACAUAUAGGAUAUAACUUAUCACAUGAGAUAUGGAAGCAAUGGUCAGCAGCCCAGCUAAUGCGAGUUGUUGGUAACCUGGUGCAGUGUAGCUGCUUUGUCCGUUUAUUUGUGUCAACAAGCCGAGUCUUUAAGUGCCUAUACCCACUUACACACACGCUGAGUGAGAAUAAUAGCAUUGCACCUCCUUUGUACUCUUGCUUAUGUGCCGAUUCGCUUCCUGUGCCACAGCUGCUGCUCAUAUACACGUAGUUCAGUUUUUUCUUUUUAAGAGCAUAAUAUAUAUCCUCAGUGUAAUAUUUUCACCCAUGAUGGAGUUUUAACAGUGUAUUCACAAGAGGAGCUGUAUAUAGAAGUCUUAUUUUUCAAGCACAGCUGUACAUUGGUGAAACAAGUAAUAUGUGAAGAAAG